ACAGAGAACUGGCGCCGAGCUGCCAAGUUGCCUUGGGGAGCCACAGUUUAGCUCGAGCAGCGGUCGCUGCAGCUUCGUCCGCGCGGACAGUUCGAGUGAGCGGCAUCCGGAGGCGGAUACGGAAGUGCAGAGCACCGCAGCUCUUGGCUGUGCUGUGUGUCCAAACUGUUGCUCAUCGUUGUGUGGGUGUUUGUUUUCGGUGAUAGUGUGUUAGUGCGCUAGUGUUGGUGCGGGUUUCGCUUACAGCGACGUUGAGGGUGACGGAGUUUUGUGCUGUGCUGUGCUGUGGUGUGGUGUUGGACAAUUAAUAAAGUUCCCAUAGCAGACAAAAUUAUCCUGCAAAUUUGCUGAAAAUGGUAAACAUUAAAUGCUAAUGCAUGCCCAGAACGAAAGAGGGAGAGUGUGUAUACAUAUUCGUAUGUGUGUGUGCGUGCUGUGUGUAUACUUGUGCAUGUGUAUGCGUGUGUCUGGGUGGCGCUUUGUAAGCUGCGAUUUGACAUGUUGAUUUAUGCGCUGCUCUCGCUUUGUGCUCCGUCUACCGUCCGCCGUCCUCCUCCUCUGUCCCUGUGUGACUGGGAUUACGCUAGUCCUCGUUGUCAUUGUUGCUGCUCUCAUUGUAGUCGUCGUUGUCGUCGUCGUGUGGCAGGCACUUGUUGCGCUCGCAGGACAUUCGCUUAAUUGCUAAUCCUCGCGCCCAGACGCGUCUAAUUACACCUAACUCGGUGUCGUCUGCACUUUCAGACGUCUCUCUGUUUGUCUGCUAAUGCUCCCCCAGCGGUUCAACGUUCAGCAAAUGACGCAUGCGAGUAUUCCGAGCAUUUAAAGUGCAAAUUUGCCUGCUCGGGGCUAAAUACCAGCCAGGAGGUCACUUAAUAUGCCAUCAACAUGAGAUUUACACAAAUGGCGAUGGGUGGGCGUGGGCCCGGCUCCAAGAAUUAUGUGUUGCAAUAAAAUCGAUGGAUGGGAGCGGGCAGCGGGCAGUGGUGGCUGCCAAUGACUGGAGGGUAGAGCCCUAAGUGGUGGCUAAUGACUAAGUUGCGACGUGACUUUGGCCAGGAUUUGUAAUUUUCUGUUUGCCAUUUGGAGCCUGCCCCGCUAGUUAGGCUAUGGUUUCUUGUCUUCUCCUUUACACCCACAAAUACACAUGAGAUCCACACACACACACACACACUCAGACAUACUUUUGUAUACUUAUGAUCUUAAGUGUUUUAUGGACUUUUCUUGUUUGUUUUCUCGCACUAUGCCUUCGACGAGUAGUACACACACUCAAGUUUAUUUUUACAGCAGAGACACAGAUGGACAGAGGGAGAGAGGAAGAGGGGGAAGGGUUGGCCAAGUUAAUAUUUGUACGGGAAGCCGGGGGUUGGGUGGGGUUGGGUGUUAAGUAUGCGUUUAACGGGUGCGGGCAUGUAAUUAAGCCAAGUUUCUCAAAGGGUUGUCCGAGCCAUUUGCCGAAGAACUCAUUUAUGACGGACGGACGUCUUCGACCUAAUGACGGUGAAACAGAGAACGAGAGAGCGGCAGAGGCAGAGAGAGAGAGUCAGGGAUACCCGGUGGAAGCGAGUGCAAGGCGAGUCAUUACUCUUACCUUCCGCCUUAAAUAAUGACGGUAAAAGGAAACUGGAAAAACGGGAAACGGAAAGUUGGCAGUGCCGUCGCCACCGUCAUUGCAGGUCGCAGACUUUUGCGCCACACAAAAGGCCAGAAGAAAAGCGAAGCCAUAAACCUGAUUGAGGCAACCCCUACGCAUUCCGGGGAAACCUCUUUGGGUAUGCAAAUUGCUCUUUACCCCAGCCACAGUCAAAUCAGGCACAUAUCGUUCCGGUCCUAUGCAUAACUUAGGAUUGAGACUCGAUUUAAAGUUGGGCUGGGCAUUCCAUCAAUAAUUCAUUCGGUUUUGAAUGAUUGACCCAGUCGGACCGGAGGACGCCGUCUUGCCCUAUUGUAUAUCCUGAAUACAUAAUUCGCAAAUCUGCAACGAUUAUUAUGUUAUAUAAGCUUACCUUUUCUCCAGCAGGCAGCCCCAAAGACCCAGACCCUCAGUCAAUACAAUAAGCUGGGGAGCCAAUCUCCCCGAGCCCCCCGUCCAUCCGACCGGUGAGUCCGUUCGUUUCGCCCUUUCUACUCAGACAAUGCCAUACAAACCGAAGACGGGCCGAACUUUUGAACAUUUGAAUGAGUCCAAGAAGGACGUAACCCACGAGGGUUGGAUGGAAGGAUAGAUAUUCGUACUAAUACUCAUAUUUGUAUUUGUAUUUGUAUUGAUUUGUUGCCCCGGCUUGUCUGCAGAUUUUCGCAUAACCAAAAACUGUUUUGCCGGAGUGGAAGUGGAAGUGGAACUGAAAGAGGCAUAGGGAGAGGAACUUAGAUAAAGGCAAAGGUGAGCUCUGGACUUUGGCUCGAACCCUGUCCGCUAUCCAGGGGCCAACGGCCGUCCGUCCGUUCGAUUGGUUGCGGUGGCAACAGGCCAUCGCGUUACGAGAAAAUGCAAAAAAAAACAAGAAAAUUCUAACAAAAACAGAACGAAAGAAAAUGGAGCAGCAGAAACAACAAGUAGGAAAACACUUGAAUCGAUGGCAACUCGACUAAUUGAUGCCUUGUAGAAUACGAGUGGAAUGCGCUUUUUGAUGCAGCACUCUGUUUGUGUAGAAAAUUCUAGAAAACAGCCCGAGCAGAGAACUUUGUUAGGAAAACUGACAAAUAAAUGGGAACCUAAUGUUCGGGGUACUUUAGUACGGUAAGCAUAAUUCCUUUCAUUGUCGCCUCCCUGGGGAAUGAAAAUGAAGGUACGACACCGAAUACGAGGUAUUCCUUGAUGCAGUUACACAUUUAUUUGCUCAACAGUAUGGACACGUACUCACGCACAUGUGCGCGACAUGUGAGUGUCUGUGUGUGUGUGGGUUUGUGUGUGUGGGUGCUAUUUGUACAUCCGAUAGAUAGAUAGAUAGAUAAAUAAUAAUGGCCCGCAGGUCGGACGUGGGCACCGUGAACACCGUGAAUACCGAGAACCGACAACCGCCCGACAAACAGUUGAGAGUCACAUUUCGAGCUAAGCGGCUAUCGAGGCAGCACACGUGUCCUGUCCUCCCCCUCCCCACGAGAAGAAAGCGGGAGAGGCUGAAGCCCCACUGCAAUGGGAUACACGAAGUGCUCAUGUACGCGUAAGUGGCGUCGAGUCGAUAUCAUGGCACUCUGAGUACUUGCAACAGUUGGCUUGGCUUGGCCCGCGGGGACCUCUGCUGAGCCAUAAAACUAAAGUGGGCCAUGGGCCAAGGGCCAGUGGAUUGUGCGCGCACGUUCUAGUGAAUGCAAAAUCACUCAGGAGUUCAAUUGAACUUUGAACAACUGGGAAAUGGCCGACACUUGUUGCCUCUCGCAACGCGAGCUGCCGAUGGGUAUUCAUUGACAUACAGCAAAGGCUCUCUGGGGCGGAAAACAGGCAGUUCCAGUGCAUUACGUACUAUGCCAGAUGUCCGCCAAGAGAGCGGAGCUCUUGUUUUCACUGCACAUCAAUCAAGCAGAAAUGUAGGCAACAUUUUCUCGCACAGACGCUCAACUUUAAUAGCUGCGGGCACCCCUCGCCACCCCAUUCCUCGACACCAAGCUGGUAAAUCCCAUUAGAGAACUUUGUAGCGCAGGAAGCUCCUCUCUUACCGUCUCCUCCUCGUGAGUGUCGUGGGUGUAGUCCGCAAACAAACCGAGCCAACACCAACACCAAGAACACCAAGAACUUUCACGCAAACCGCAAGAGACGCAGAGAGAGUGCGUGGUGCGUGGGUGGAGGUGGAGGUGGGGUUGGAACUUUUGCAUAAGUUAAUGGGGAAUGUGUGUAGCCAAGUGCUGAUGCCGUUGACGUCCCCCUCCCGCAUCUGCCGCUCGGUAAUUGGGGCAGCCACUUACACCACCAGCAUUUCCGAGGAUACAAACAGUUAACACUAAAUGAACCACUUGCUUCGAACUGAGUUCUGGCUCUGGCUCUGGGUUCGGCUCAGGCUGCGGGCAGAGGUCUAUUUCCAGCAGCCUUUGAGCUGCAUCGCCCGGGGCAGUGGCGGCUGACUUGUCGGAGCGGAUGUGGACGGGUGUGAACGGGUGUGGACGGACACCGUCUCCUUGUCUGGUCUGGCCUUUAUGAUUGCUGGUUGCUAUGGCCAGCUUUUCAUUACUUUGAUUAAAUAGAGAUAAAACCAUAAAUUAUGUUUACUUUGUGGCCAUUUAGGCAGAGUAUCCCAAAGGGGGGCCGAGGAUCACUGUGCGUGUGUGUGUGUGUGUGGUAUGAGUAAUGGCCCAUGGUAUUUACACAUGAGUUGGUCGCAUCUUUCACUGCCGUCAGUAUAACCAUCAGUAUAACCAUUACCGGCCUCAUUCUCGUCUCGUCUCGCCUCGUUUCAUUCAUCUCAUGAUACUGCUGUAUAGGACCACUAAAAAUGGCACAGCAGCAACGCAGCUGGGAUGAGGGAGCCAGCGGAGGUGGGGGCUAUAGGCAACAGGCCUCCGGCCUGCAUAAAUCCACCGCUAGGACGGCCAGCAAUCCAUUGCCGAGCAGAGGAGCCACUCCCAAGGCGCCCAGGCCCUACCAUCCCGCACCGCCGUCGGUAUAUGCAACUCCCUUGAUGACGGGGACGGGGACGGGUCCGCGCAGUCCAAGCUAUGGCUACGGCGGGGGAUACGAGGCGCCCAGGAGUCCCAAGAUCACAACGUCCUUCGCCAACGACAGCUGCGACGACGGGAGCAGCUCCACGCCGAGCUCCUACUACCAGACUCCGCCCUCGGGCUCCAUAGAUGACUCCUACUCGCUGUUCAGCGGUCGCACAUCUGCCCGCAGUCCCAAUGCUCCGUGCAAGUUCGUCUUCGAUGCCGUGAGCCCCAACUCCGGAGCAGACCACUCCGCGUUUUCCAAGAAGUUUGAGUACUACGAGCCCUUCUCGCCGGACGGGGAUGGUGGACCCGAGUACUAUGAGCCUCCCAGCUCGCCGCGUCGCCAGGGGUCCAAGAAGCUGAUGAGGAGCAAGCUGCCGCUUGAGCCACUGCCUCUGGUGACCACAACGGGCGUAGACGAUGGCAGCAAGCGACGGCACGACGAGUGGGAGCUGCCGGUGAUCAGCAAGAUCGACGUGGCCCGGAACCUGAGCUCGGGAGCAGGGGCGGGAGCAAGAAGAGGGGGCUACUACGGGUUGAAGCGCGAUUCCUGCGUGACCGACUGCACCCAGCUGUCCAUGGAGUCGGGCGAGACGGGAACCCAGCACACAAACAGCACCCUGGUCACCCACACCACGACUAGCUUCAGUUUUACGGACCCAGAGCAGCAGCAGCAGCAGCAACAUCUGCAGCGGCAGCGCCGCCAUGCCAUCAACAUCACCUCGAAUCCCGGCUACCAGGUGCUCCACAGCUCGCACUCCACCUUGGACCGCACAUGUUCCGACAGCGUGGUCUCCCUCCGCUAUCGAAAGUCCACCAGCGACCUAACCCAGCAUCCGGACCAUGAGCUGAGCGGCUGCAAGCCACCCAAACCGGUCAAGGCAAAGCGCGAGGUCGUCGAGCACAAGCCCCGCCGCAGGGGCAGCUCCAAAGGAGGUCUGGCCCUCCUGGCCAGUCGCCGCAACUCGCGCGAGUCCAUGAAGAGCGCCUGUUCCAAUGCCUCCAUAGUGUCCAACGAUGAUGUUGGGCCACUGGCCUUCCAAAGCUCCAAUCGGGGUCGUCAGCGUAGAACGUCGAACUUUCUCGAGCUGCCAGUUCCCGACCACAUUCGGCCGCGAGUCUGUUCUCUACCGGAGCGCCCGUACAAUCCCAGGGCCAGCGACGAUCUCUACCGCCUCCGUCACUUCUCCAUCAGCAAGGGCAACGUGGUCAACUGCGGGGAUUCCAUAAUCUCGCGCCGUUCCCGGAGCAACACGAGCGUGAACUCGACAAACAGCCGGGCCAGCGAAAGGUCCCCAUUCGAGGGCAGCUGCUGUGGUGGCGGGUAUGCCAACGUGGACUCUCUGCCGGUCUCCUCGGACGAGUCGGACAACCUGGAGCCGCCGCCCGCGGCCCGCUACCGAGUGGUGAUGCUGGGCGAUGCGGGAGUGGGAAAGACGGCGCUUGUCAACCAGUUCAUGACCUCGGAAUACAUGCACACCUACGAUGCAAGCCUAGUUUUAGACGAUGAGUUCGGCGAGAAGACGGUCAGUGUCCUGCUGGAUGACGAGGAGUCGGACAUGGUCUUCAUCGACCACCCGAGCGUCGAGAUGAGCGUGGAGAACUCGCUCUCCACCUAUGAGCCGCACGGCUGUGUCGUUGUCUUCUCGGUGGUCGACCGUGGCACGUUCCGUGUGGCCGAGGAAAUCAUCAAUUAUCUGUGGCAGGAGAAGUACACCAAGGACAAGGCCGUCAUCCUCGUAGGCAACAAGGCGGAUCUGGCCCGUGCCCGGCUUAUCACAUCACAAGAGGGAAAAGCCCUGGCCGCCUCACGCGAUGCCAAAUUUAUCGAAACGUCAAGCGGCAUACAGCACAAUGUGGAUGAGCUGCUCGUCGGCAUAUUGAAGCAGAUGCGCCUGAAGGAGGUACGCGAGAAGAAGGCUACCCAGUCGAAGAUGAAGCACUCUCGCACCCACAUAUCGCUGCAUCUGGCCAAGGAGAUUCUGCAGAAAAUCUGCCUCUCCGACAUCUCCAAGUCGAAGAGCUGUGAGAACCUCCAUGUGCUCUAAGAAGAUGGAAGGAGGAUCCCCCAACAAAUACGAGUACCAGCCACAUGUGCAGAGCCAUGGCUCCCAAACAGAAUGAGAAUGAGGAGUAAGAGGACGAGGACGAGGAAGAGGAAGAGAAGGGGCCGAGUCCAUUGUCGAUGUCUUCUUUUGGCACAUUCUUGUGUAAAAGCCAAAUUAUGCCACAGAGCACUGUGCAAAGGAGAAUUUUAUCAAAAGCGGCAGGCGGAAUAUUUUGAAUGCCAUUCAGAUUAGCCGAAGGGAGGCCCACGCUUUUGUUAUGUUUUUUGCUACGUCGCCGUCGCCGUUGCCGGCCCCAAAAAAUAUUGAAAGUUUAAUGUUAGGUCGCCGCUCCUCAGGACCAUCUCCAUCCCCUUUGCCUUUCCCAUCACCAUUCCGGCAAGUCAUUGGCCGUGGUCAGGCCUCCGCGAGCAGCGAUAAUUCGUUUGUUUAUGGCGGAUGUUUCGAUUAGCUUAUCGAGCCCAGACGCACCUACUUUCGGGUUCUGACCAAGGCCUUGCCUUGCUGAUAAGCGGCGACCCAGCGACGCGUGUGCAGCCUCCAACCAGAAGCUGGGCAUAAGUACGAGUAGUCCCUAAGAAUAUGUGUAUAUUAUAUGUAUGUGUACUUAUAUGUGUUCCAAUGGAGAAUAAUUUCAAAUCCAAUAAUGUGCUGUCAAUUUAACUAGGCGAUGCUGAUGCUGAUGCUGAAGCUGAAGGAGCAGCCAUAGGCCCAUGCAGAAGAGCGAACUUUAUAGAUGUUGAUAUACUUAUACAAGCAUAUAGAUAUACAGAUACAGAUGCAGAUAAAGUUACUAUAUAUAUAUAUAUAUAUAUAUAUAUCCUAUCCGAUAAGUGUGCGCUAUCCAUAGGUAUAUUUAUUGAGUAGACUAAGGGAUGUUUACUCCUCGAUCUGCUCUGCAAGAACUCUUCCAACUGACGAAAAUCUCAUAUCGGAUUGACUGUUGAAUGUUGACUGUUGUUACUAGUACUAAAGUACGUACUAAAUAAGCCUAAGCCCUAAUCAAAGCAUAAUCUAGCUCGUAUGUGCGUAUAUGCUAUAUGUACGUGCAUGUGAACAUAUGUAUGUGUACUCGUAUGUAUUGUGUAUUUGUGCAUGUAAGUGGAGAACAUUUCUAACUUUGAUCUCUGAACUCUGAACUUAUACGCUUAUAUUUGAAAAAUACCUUUACAAAAUGCGAAAAAACAAGCAAAAAUCAAACUAAAACCUAACUAAACUCUAACUAUUUUCAUAUAUAAACUUACACAUUAGAAGGGAAAAUUACUAGAGAAACCAGGUCAGGCCAGAACAGGCCGGGAGAGCACUAGACACUCGACAGCCAACCACUUAUAUUUUUCCAUUUUCCCCACCGAACACCACACCACACCACACCAUCCUACAUCCUCCAUCCUUCGCUGUCGAGUGCACUUUAUCAUUUUUAACAUUUACAUUUACCGAAAACCAAAAAAACAAACAAACUAAAAAACUUGCCUCGUAAAAGUUGAAAUCUGCACAGAGAACUCUCCAUCCUAUUCCAUCCCCUCUUUGGGGGGCAAUCUGUAUCGCGCAUACGCCGCGAGUGCCAAGGUCCCGGCUUUAAUUUGAUUUGUUAAUCCAAUGUGGGAGGAAAGUAUUCGAAUCAAAGCUAGCUAAACGCCCACCGAAUUUAUUGUGUAAAACUAAUUGAAAAGCAACAAAAACCAAAAAAGAUAAAAGAUAAAUUAUUUCUAAAUGGAAUUUUACUGCAGAUUUAUGUAACUGUGCUACACCUGCAAAUUGGCUUAAAGCAUAAUUGUACAAAUAACCAAAGUAGAGAAAUGGUAGAUCGGUGUAUAUUUAUAUUUUUCCAAAGCUAACGAGUACCUAUACGAGUCUAUACGAGAUGAUGAUGAUGAUGAAGAUGAUGAUGGAGAGCCCCUCCCCCGCCCCACAGAGUGUGUUGCAGCACACUGUAAUCCACAGUUGUUGACGUUGUGGUGUGUGCAUUUAGUGUUGCAAGCGUAGGAAGGAAGGAAGCCUUUGUGCCUGUCACAGAAAUGAGGCGGCAGAAAAACCAAAUUAAUUAGAGUACAAGCGGAUAAAAUCAGAUUUCUUCUGUUUGGUGUGUUUAACUCCCUCUCUACCCCUAAAUCUCCCAUCCCGAUAAAGAUAAAUAAAGGACAACUAUGCUCUGUAACUGGCUA